AUGCAGCUGCUCGUCUUUGCUACACUGGUGGUUGCGGCUGCGUCUGCUCCGCAAAACUACAACGCUAAUGAGUUUGUGAGGUCUGGACUGCCCAAGAUCCGCAUUCUCAGCCAGAGGUUCGAUCAGGAUCCCGACACUGGAAGCUACGAGUACAGCUACGAACAGGACAACGGACAGGCGGCGGCUGAGACAGGUCAGGUGUACCCUGGACCUCAGCCAGAGACAGGCAGCCUCACCCAGCAGGGCAGCUACCAGUUUGUGGGCGAUGACGGCAACACCUACCAAUUCGUCUUUGCUACACUGGUGGUUGCGGCUGCGGCUGCUCCGCAAAACUACAACGCUAAUCAGUUUGUGAAAUCUGGACUGCCCGAGAUCCGCAUUCUCAGCCAGAGGUUCGAUCAGGAUCCCAACACUGGAAACUACGAGUACAGCUACGAGCAGGACAACGGACAGGCGGCGGCUGAGACAGGUCAGGUGUACCCUGGACCUGUGCCAGAGACCGGCAGCAUCACCCAGCAGGGCAACUACCAGUUCGUGGGCGAUGACGGCAGCACCUACCAAAUCCCGGAGUACGAGCAGCUGAGGAUUGAACACCCCGAGCUGUUCUGGGCAGAGCAGAGGCAAUACGCCUAG